UCUCGGAGCCUCUCUCUCUCUCUGACUCAGAGUUCAUGAUCUUGGAGCAGAGGUGAGUCGUCCUCAGACUGUUCAGACCGUUCAGCAGGACAGACGGCACACAGAUGGCAGAUCCAGACUCUCCAGCUGAGGAGACGCUCCUAGUUCCCCCAGUCAGCAGCUCUGAACCUGGGCUAGGCGGCUCAGAGCUCCAGGCCGGAGGGCAGGGAGUCCAGGACGGCCCUGGAGGAGAGGAAGAGGAGGAGGAAGGAGGAGCAGACGGACCCUUUACUAAACCCAGACCUCCUCUGCUUCACCUCCACAGAGAUGCGACUGGCAGAGGACAUCGACGAAUAGGAGGCCAGAACCAGAGAGCCAUUAAUCACAUGGCUUCUCCGGCGGCGGCUCCGUCCCCGACCACCGGCACAUCUGUGUCUGGUAAAAGGGCGGUGCUGUUGUCCAAUGAGGCGAGGAGAGAGAUGGCGAAGCAGGCCAGAGCCUUGAAGGAGGAGAGACGAGCGACGCUGGACGCCCGACACAAAUACUUGAUCAGCAGGUUGGUGGACGCCGGGACGGCGGGGGAGCCGGAGGUGGAGGACGCCCUCGUCUCUGACGACAAGUUCAGUCUGCUCCAUGAUUUCUUUGCUGCGAACGGAUCCAAGAAGCUGAUUUUCUUCUAUCAGAAUGUGACGCAGAAUCUGUCCCCCAGUCGUUCGUCCUCUGUGGACGCAGCCACCUCGGCUGUGGCUCAGAGGAAACUCUUCCUCACCACAGGGAGCUCUGAGCCUUUACUGGGGAAGUGUCUGUUCUUCCUGAGGACCACUGACAAGGCCAUAACCACCGCUAACGUACAGCAGGAGGUGAACUUCGGCAUGUUGGACUGCAGUGACGGCAGCAUCCUGAACGGUCUGGAGACUCUGCUGGCUCACAUCAUGUUGCCGGCCCUCCGGUCACAGCAGACGUGGGGCUCUGUGCAGGAGGGCGCGUCCUGUCCAGACGUCCAGUCCUUUCUGUCCUCCGUGGACCAGUUCGUCAGUAAUCUGAGCUCGGCCAGAGUCAACAUGGAGAGAAAGUUCCAGCUGCAGCAGGUCGACCUUCCUGAUGCCGUCAGCGAGCUGAGCAGCCCUGCAGACUACAGGGCGGCAGCCAAUAACAGCGAGCUGGUGGAGCGUCUGGAGGGCGUGGUCUCCGUGUGGACCAAUCAGAUCAAGCAGGUGCUGACGGAGAGCGAGCAGAUGAGGAAGGAGGCGGAUGACGUCGGGCCGUCAGCUGAGCUGGAGCACUGGAAGAGACGCAUGGUCACCUUCAACAGUCUGAUGGAGGAGGUGAAGCGUCCUCAGGUGAAAAGGACUCUGGGAGUUCUGCAGGUCACCAAGUCCAGAACUCUGCGAACCUGGAGAGAGCUGGACGGGGACAUCACCGUCGUGGCUAACGAGGCCAAGGACAACGUGAAGUUUCUCUACACUCUGGACAAGUUCUUCGGGCCGCUGGGGAAAUGCACUCCGACCAGUAUGCUGGAGCACAUUCCCAGUCUGAUGACCAGUAUCAGGAUGAUCCACACCGUCUCUCAGUACUACAACACCUCAGAGAGAAUGACCUCUCUGCUGCUCAAGGUCACUAACCAGAUGAUCACCACCUGCAGGAGCUACCUGACGCAGGGCGUGGCCCGCAUUUGGGACCACAGCAGGCCGGAGCUGCUGCAGCGUGUCUCCGACUGUUGUAACCUGAAUGUGGAGUACCAGAGGAGCUUCCAGACCGUCAGAGACAAACUGAGAGCGAACCCUGAAAAAAGACAGUUUGAUUUCAGUGAGAACUACAUCUUUGGGAAGUUUGAUGCUUUCUGCAGGCGUCUGGAGAAGAUUGCUGACAUGGCGUCGUCACUGGAGAGCCUGGCUGCUCUGCAACACAUGAAGGUGGAGGGCACUGAGAAGAUUUACGUUCGCUACCAGACCAUCGUCUUCACCACCAAGUCCAAGACCUAUGACAUCCUGGACCACCGCAAGCUGGAGUUUGACAGCGACUAUGCAGACUUCCAGAUCCAGGUUCAGGGUUUGUUCCAGUCUCUUCAGUCUCUGCUGGACUUUUGGUUCCAUCAGUCUCUCACUACGGAGCGGAUGCUGGAGCUGCUGGAGGUGUUUGAGUCGGGUCCGACGGCUCGGCUGGACCUGAAGCAGCACUACCUGCUGCUGCUGCAGCACUACAGCCGGGAGCUGGAGCUGCUGAGGAAGACCUACCAGAGACAGCGAGACAGACCGCCCACCGGACGCAACCUGCCCCCGGUGGCGGGGAGGAUCCUGUGGUGUCGCCAGCUCUUCAGGAAGAUCGAAGCUCCCAUGUUGAUCUUGAAGAAGAAGCUCGACGCCCUCAAGGGACCCGAGAUGACCAGAGUGAUCCGGAGCUACAACAAGAUGGCCGUGGUGCUGCUGCAGUACGAGGUGCUGCACCUGCGAGGGUGGAGUCAGGCCGCAGAGAGCGCGCCGCGCUGCCUGAGCGCCGCCCUGCUGGUCCGACACGAGAACAGCAAGGAGGUUUCUGUGAACCUGGACCCGGUGGUGCUGGAGGUGCUACAGGAAGCCCGGUGGAUGACCAAACUGGGGGUGACCGUGCCGAAGGUCGUCCUAAAAAUGACCUCCAGAGAAGAGCAGGUCAAAGCUCUGUACAAGCGGCUGCUGGAUCUGCUCCAGGACUACAGCUCGGUGGUCUCCAGGAUCUUGCCUUCCCUCUCCCCUCUGAUGCAGCCCUUCAUCGGCCGGGUGGAGGCGUCCCUCUCCCCUGGACUCACCACGCUGUCCUGGACCGCCCUCAACACGGACGCAUUCAUAGAGAGUGUGUACCAGGCCCUGAGUGAUCUGGAUCAGGUCUCCAGAGUGUCCACAGACCUGCUGGAGUGUCGUAUCGGUCGGCUGCUCCAGACCAUGUCGUCCUGCUGUCUGCUGGUCCUGCCUGAAGACUCACCUGUCUCACCUCAAGACCUCCUGCUGCAGACGGACGGCUCGGUCCAGGCUGCUGCCGUCAGCCUCAACUGGCAGAGUCAGCAGGUGGAGAAAUAUGUGUUUGAGCUGAUUGAGGAGCUGAAGAGGAAGAUGAAGACGACUGAGAGCGUUAAUCUAGAGGGAUCCUUCCAGUGUGUCCAUCCAGACUCCAAACAGAAGACUCGCUGUCAGUCGUGUCUUCCUUGUCGUUUCUACAACCUGAUUGGUCAGCUCUGUCAUCGGAACACUGAAGCGCUGGUCAAAGCCACCAGAUCGUCUCUGGACGCCCUGAGGAGGAGACUCCAUGUCCUCAAAUACCAGCCGUCCUCCUCCUCCUCCUCCUCCUCCUCCUCCUGCAGCAGCCAAUCAGCUCCUCCUCCUCUCUUCAGAGCCUCCAUCCAGCUCGCCAUCCCCAACAUCGUCCUCCGACCCAGCCUGGACGACAUCCAGAGCACGGUGAGCAGGCUGCUGGGCGUCGUGUUGUCGGUGACUAAACACAUCCCUCUGUGGACUCACGCUCACCUGCAGUACCGGCAGCAGCAGGUGGAGCAGGCGGCGGGACGGGACGCGGGAGACGACGUCCCGGUGAAGCCGCCGGUGCUGAGGCCUCUGGACAGACAGCUGGCCGAACACCGAGACGUCACCAAGUUGGUGAUCCAGCUCAGCUCCAUGGUGUCGUCUCUGAGAGAUCAGGCUGCCGACACUCUCAACGAACUCACUCACUUCUCUACUCUGUGGAACCAGGACCCAGAGGAGCAGGUGCAGGCCUUCCUGCGGUCCGACCCGUCGCUGACGGAGUUCAGUUCUCAGAUCUCCUUCUACUCUAAGUUGGAGGUGCAGAUUUCGGAGCUGCCGGCGUGUUACACGGUGGGUUCGGUCCUGUUCGACACCGACCAGCUGAAGCUGGCGCUCACUCAGGAGUGUCGUAUCUGGAAACGAGCCUUCGGCGCCGCGCUCAACCGCCGGGCGUCCGCCGACAUGGACGACAUCUUCUCGUUCGUGGACGGGCUGACGAAGCGCCUGCAGCGUCCAAUCACGGACCUGGAGGACGUCCGAGGAGCCAUGGCGGCGCUCAGAGAGGUCCGGGAGGCGGAGAUCCGUAUCGACGCCACCAUCGGCCCGGUGGAGGAAUCCUUCGCUCUGCUCAACAAACACGAGCUGCUCUUCAACGACGGGAACGCCGAGCGCGUGGACGGCCUAACGUACGCCUGGAAGAACCUCGGCGCCCUGGUGGAGCAGAACCAGAACUCUCUGGUGAGGAUCCAACCCAGCAUGAAGGCAGACCUGCUGUCUGCAGUGCUGAGCUUCCAGAGCGUCGUUCACACCUUCUGCACCGAGUACAACCACAGAGGUCCGGGGACGGAGGGCGUGGCUCCGGCUGAAGCCAGUGAGCGGCUGCAGAGCUUUCAGGCUGAGUUUGAUCAGCUGUGGAGGAAAUACACCACCUACUCUGGAGGAGAGGAGCUGUUUGGACUGACUGUUAACGAGUAUCCGGAGCUCCAGAGGAUCAAGAGGGAGCUCUCUCUGAUGGCCAAACUCUACUCUCUGUAUAACUCGGUCAUCGACAGCGUGGCCGGUUACUACGACGUCCUGUGGGCCGACCUCAACGUCGAGAAGAUCAACGGCGAGCUGCAGGACUUCCAGAACCGGAUCCGGAAGCUUCCGAAGGCGUUGAAGGAGUGGCAGGCCUUCAGAGAUCUGAAGAAAACCAUCGAUGACUUCACGGAGACCUGUCCUCUGCUCUCCAUGAUGGCCAACAAGGCCAUGCUGCCCCGUCACUGGACCCGUCUCAGUGAGCUGACUGCUCACAGCUUCCAGGUGGAGUCGGAGAGUUUCUCCCUCAGAAACAUCAUGGAGGCUCCGCUGCUCACGUACAAAGAAGACAUCGAGGACGUUUGUAUCAGCGCUGUGAAGGAGCGCGACAUCGAGGCCAAGCUGAAGGACGUGGUGGCCGAGUGGAGCGGCCAGACGCUCGGCUUCGCCACCUUCAGGACCAGAGGAGAACUGCUGCUGAGAGGAGCCGACGCCGCUGACAAGAUCGCCAUGAUGGAGGACAGUCUGAUGGUGCUGACCUCACUGCUGAGCAACAGGUACAACGCUCCAUUCAAGCCGUCCAUCCAGCUGUGGGUCCAGAAACUGUCCAACACCUCGGAGAUCACGGAGAAGUGGCUGUCGGUUCAGAACCUCUGGAUCUACCUGGAGGCCGUGUUUGUGGGCGGAGACAUCGCCAAGCAGCUGCCUCAGGAGGCCAAGCGGUUCCAGAACAUUGACAAGUCGUGGCAGCGGAUCAUGCAGCGAGCACACGAGCUUCCCAACGUGGUGCAGUGCUGCGUGGGAGACGAGACGCUCAGCCAGUUGCUCCCUCACCUGCUGGAGCAGUUGGAGCUCUGUCAGAAGUCUCUGUCCGGUUACCUGGAGAAGAAGCGCUUGGUGUUUUCUCGUUUCUUCUUUGUGUCUGACCCCGCCCUGCUGGAGAUUCUGGGCCAAGCCUCUGACUCACACACUAUACAGGCUCACCUGCUCAGUCUCUUUGACAACGUUAACAGAGUUGUUUUCAGUGAGCAGAUCUACGACCAGAUGGUCAGUUUUCAGUCUCAGGAAGGAGAAACUGUGGAGCUGAGUCAACCUGUGCUGGCUCAGGGCAACGUGGAGGUGUGGUUAGGACAGCUGCUGGCGGGGGUGAGGCAGACCCUCCAUACGAUCAUCCGUCAGGCCUACCUGGCCAUCGGCGAUCCGGGUCUGAAGCUGCUGGAGUUCCAGUCGGCGUUCCCAGCUCAGGUCGGCCUGCUGGGAAUCCAGAUGAUCUGGACCAGAGACGCCGAAGACGCGCUCGUCCUCAGCAAGUCGGACAAGAAGAUCAUGCAGACGACCAAUCUGAAGUUCCUGGACCUCCUCAACGAGCUGAUCGACAUGACGACCAGGGAGCUGAGCAGAAACGAGAGGACCAAGUAUGAGACGCUCAUCACCAUCCACGUCCACCAGAGAGACAUCUUCGACGAGCUGGUGCGUCUGAACGUCAGGUCCUCAUCAGACUUUGAGUGGCAGAAACAGUCACGGUUCUACUUCCUGGAGGAGACGGACAGAUGUGUCAUCCAAAUUACAGAUGUGGAGUUCAGCUACUGCAACGAAUACCUGGGCUGCACAGACCGACUGGUCAUCACCCCGCUGACAGACAGGUGUUACAUCACUCUGUCCCAGGCUCUGGGGAUGAGCAUGGGCGGAGCUCCAGCCGGUCCGGCAGGAACAGGUAAGACAGAGACCACUAAAGACAUGGGUCGCUGUCUGGGGAAGUACGUGGUGGUCUUCAACUGUUCGGACCAGAUGGACUACAGAGGACUUGGACGCAUCUACAAAGGUCUGGCCCAGUCCGGAGCCUGGGGCUGCUUCGAUGAGUUCAACCGCAUCGAGCUGCCGGUGCUGUCCGUCGCCGCCCAGCAGAUCUACGUCGUCCUGCAGUGUAAGAAGAACAAGAAGAGACAGUUUGUCUUCACCGACGGAGACAUGGUUGACAUGGACCCUGAGUUCGGCAUCUUCCUCACCAUGAACCCCGGUUACGCCGGUCGUCAGGAGCUGCCCGAGAACCUGAAGAUUCAGUUCCGCACGGUGGCCAUGAUGGUCCCGGACCGAGCCAUCAUCAUGAGGGUCAAGCUGGCCAGUGCGGGUUUCCGUGACAACCAGGUCCUCAGCAGGAAGUUCUACACCCUCUACAAGCUGUGUGAGGAGCAGCUCUCCAAGCAGGUCCAUUAUGAUUUUGGUCUGAGGAACAUUUUGUCGGUUCUGAGGACGCUGGGCGCUGUGAAGAGAUCCAACCCGUCAGAACCAGAGAAGACUGUGGUGAUGAGAGUCCUGAGAGACAUGAACCUCUCCAAACUGGUGGACGAGGACGAGCCUCUGUUCAUGAGUCUGAUCAACGACCUGUUUCCUGGUAUCGUUCUGGACAAAGCCGGGUAUCCAGACUUGGAGUCGUCCAUCUUCAGUCAGGCUCAGCAGGCCGGUCUGAUCCCCCACCCCCCCUGGAUCCUCAAACUGGUCCAGCUCUACGAGACGCAGAGAGUCCGACACGGUAUGAUGGCGUUGGGUCCCAGCGGCGCCGGGAAGACGGCCUGCAUCCACACGCUGAUGAAGGCCAUGUCCGAGUGCGGCUCCCCCCACCGCGAGAUGAGGAUGAACCCCAAAGCGAUCACGGCCUCGCAGAUGUUCGGCACGCUGGACGUCACCACCAACGACUGGACCGACGGCGUCUUCUCCACGCUGUGGAGGAAGACCCUGAAGGCCAAGAAGGGGGAAUACAUCUGGAUCGUGCUGGACGGACCGGUGGACGCCAUCUGGAUCGAGAACCUGAACUCCGUCCUGGACGACAAUAAAACUCUGACGCUGGCGAACGGAGACCGAAUCCCCAUGGCUCCCUGCUGCAAGAUUGUCUUUGAGCCCCACAACAUCGACAACGCCUCCCCGGCCACGGUGUCCAGGAACGGGAUGGUGUUCAUGAGCUCCUCGGUGCUCGGCUGGAGCCCCAUCCUGCAGGCCUGGUUACGGACGCUCCCGGAGCAGCAGGCCGACGCCCUGAAACUCUGCUUCAACGGCUGCUACCAGGACUUGUUGGACUUUGUCUCCACUGCUGUGUCUCCUAAGAUGCAGGUGUUGGAGUGUAUGUACAUCAGACAGACUAUCGACCUGCUGCAGGGUUUGCUACCAGCAGCGGAUGAGAAACAGGGUUGCCAUGGUGACGUGGGUCGACUGUUUGUGUUCGCGGUGAUGUGGUCUCUGGGAGCGGUGCUGGAGCUGGACGACAGAGCCAAGAUGGAGGCCUUCCUAAAGCGCCACAGCUCGUCUCUGGACCUGCCGCACGCUCAGGACGACCAGACCGUCUUUGAGUUCACCGUCAACGAGCAGGGACAGUGGGAGCACUGGUCCAACAAGGUCCCAGAUUAUGUCUACCCCAAAGACCAGGUCCCAGACUACUCGUCCAUCCUGGUUCCCAACGUGGACAACGUGAGGACGGACUUCCUGAUGCAGACCAUCGUGAAGCAGAGGAAGGCUGUGCUGCUGAUCGGAGAGCAGGGAACCGCCAAAACCGUCAUGGUUAAAGGCUACACUAGCAAGCUGGACCCGGAGCUCCACCUCAGUAAGACGGUGAACUUCUCGUCGGCCACGCUGCCCAGCAUGUUCCAGAGAACCGUCGAGAGCUACAUUGACAAACGGAUGGGCGCCACCUACGGGCCGCCGGCGGGGCGCCGGAUGACCGUCUUCAUAGACGACAUCAACAUGCCCGUUAUCAACGAAUGGGGAGACCAGAUAACCAAUGAGAUUGUGCGUCAGCUGAUGGAGCAGGGAGGUUUCUACAGUUUGGAUCGUCCCGGAGAGUUCAUCACUGUGGUGGACGUUCAGCUGGUUGCCGCCAUGAUCCACCCGGGCGGCGGUCGGAACGACAUCCCUCAGCGCCUGAAGAGGCAGUUCUCCAUCUUUAACUGCACGCUGCCCUCCAACUCCUCCAUCGAUAAGAUCUUCGGCACCGUGGCGCAGGGAUACUUCUGCCCGGAGAGAGGCUUCCCCGACGCCGUCUGCCACCUCGCCGCCGCCCUCGUUCCCACCGCCAGACGGGUGUGGCAGGCCGUGAAGGCGAAGAUGUUACCGUCUCCUGCCAAGUUUCACUACAUCUUCAACCUGAGGGACCUCAGCAGAAUCUGGCAGGGGAUCCUGAUGGUGAAGUCUGAGGUCUGUCAGAGCUCCGAGCUCCUCUCUGCUCUCUUCCAUCAUGAGUGUUGCCGAGUGAUCGCCGACCGAUUCGUCGACGGCAGCGACAGACGAACCUUCGACGGCAUCACGGAGGAGAUCACAGUGGAGGAUCAUGGGAGAGCUCUGACUGAGCAUGCUCAGUGGGACAGCUUCUUCGUGGACUUCCUGCGUGAAGCUCCGGAGGCGACGGGAGAAGAACCCGACGACGCCGAGCUCGAAGCUCCAAAGGUGUAUGAGCCAAUCCCGUCGCUGGACGCCCUGGCGGAGCGUCUGUCGGUUUUCCAGCUGCAGUACAACGAGGCGGCGAGGGGCGGGACCAUGGACCUGGUCUUCUUCAAGGACGCGAUGACCCACCUGAUGCGAAUCUCGCGGAUCCUGCGGACGCCGCAGGGGAACGCCCUGCUGGUCGGGGUCGGGGGGUCGGGGAAGCAGAGUCUGACGAGGCUGGCGUCUUUCAUCGCCGGAUACCAAACCUUCCAGAUCACACUGACCAGGUCGUACAGCAGCAGUAACCUGCUGGAGGAUCUGAAGACUCUGUAUCGUAUGGCGGGUCAGCAGGGGAAAGGAGUCACCUUCCUCUUCACUGACAACGACAUUAAAGACGAAGCCUUCCUGGAGUACAUGAACAACGUCCUGGCGAGCGGUGAAGUCUCCAACCUGUUUGCUCGUGACGAGCUGGAUGACAUCACUCAGGAUCUGAUUCCCGUCAUGAAGCGGCAGCACCCUCGCCGACCUCCGACCUCAGAGAACCUCUACGACUUCUUCCUGUCCCGAGUGCGGAGCAACCUCCACGUCGUCCUCUGCUUCUCGCCCGUCGGGGAAAAGUUUCGGACUCGUGCCUUGAAGUUCCCGGGCCUGAUCUCGGGCUGCACGGUGGACUGGUUUCAGCGCUGGCCUCGGGACGCUCUGGUGGCCGUGUCGCAUCACUUCCUGUCUCAGCACCAGGACCUCCGCUGCUCGGAGGAUGUGAAGCAGAGCGUGGUGGUUACCAUGGGAACCUUCCAGGACCUGGUGGCAGAGAAGUGCGCCGAGUAUUUUGAGCGCUUCCGCCGCCAAACCUUUGUGACGCCCAAAUCCUACUUGUCCUUCAUCGACAGCUACAAGAUCAUCUACGGCGAGCAGAUCGCUCACGUCGGCACGCUGGCGGAGCGCAUGAAGACAGGUCUGUGUAAACUGAUGGAGGCGGAGCAGUCGGUGUCUCAGCUCUCCGAGGAGCUGGUGCUGAAGGAGCAGGAGCUCGCCGUCGCCUCCCAGCGGGCAGAGGAAGUCCUGCAGGAAGUCACGGCGAAAGCUCAGGCCGCUGAAAAGGUGAAGCAGCAGGUGCAGAAGGUGAAGGAUAAAGCUCAGCUCAUCGUCGACGAGAUCGAAGUCGAUAAAACAGCAGCGGAGUCCAAACUGAAGGCUGCUAAGCCGGCGCUGGAGGCUGCUGAGGCUGCACUGCAGACCAUCAAACCGGCCGACAUCGCCACGGUGAGGAAGCUGCAGAAGCCUCCUCAUCUCAUCAUGAGGAUCAUGGACGUCGUCCUGCUGCUGUUCCAGAGGAAGAUCGACACGGUGACCGCCGACCCCGAGCGACCUUGUCCGCGACCUUCGUGGGCCGAGGCCAUGAAGCUGAUGCAGAACUCUUCCUUCCUCAGCAUGCUGCUCCACUUCAGCAAGGACUCCAUCACAGAGGAGGUGGUGGAGCUGCUCGCUCCCUACCUGGACAUGGACGACUACAACCUGGAGUCAGCCAAGAGGAUCUGCGGCAACGUGGCGGGACUCUGCUCCUGGACUCAGGCCAUGGCCGACUUCUUCUCCAUCAACAAGGAGGUGCUUCCUCUGAAGGCUAACCUGGCCCUGCAGGAGGCUCGUCUGGUGGUCGCUCAGACCGAACUCGCUAAUGCUCAAGAACAGUUGGACGCCAAACAGCAGGAGCUGGACGCCGUGCAGGCGCUUUACGACGCCGCCAUGAAGGAGAAGCAGGACCUGGAGGACGACGCCCAGGCCUGCCGCCGCAAGAUGUCCAACGCCACGGCUCUGAUCGACGGGCUGGGAGGAGAGAAGGUCCGGUGGACGGACAGCAGCGCCGGGUUCCAGACUCAGAUCCAGCACCUGGUGGGGGACGUCCUCCUGUCCGCGGGCUUCCUGUCCUACGCCGGUCCCUUCAACCAGGAGUACCGCAGCCUGCUGCUGGAGCUGUGGAAGAAAGAGAUGGAGGACAAGCUCAUCCCCUUCAGUCCUGACUUGAACGUGAUUGGUCUGCUGGUGGACAACACCACGGUGAGCGAGUGGACGCUGCAGGGUUUACCCAGCGACGACCUGUCUGUCCAGAACGGCAUCGUGGUGACGAAGGCGUCCCGCUACCCGCUGCUGAUAGACCCCCAGGGCCAGGGCAAGACCUGGAUCCAGAACAGAGAGCGAGACCAGCAGCUGCAGGUGACGUCUCUGAACCAUAAAUAUUUCCGUUCUCACCUGGAGGACUGUCUGUCUCUGGGGCGCCCCAUGCUGCUGGAGGACGUAGGGGAGGACCUGGACCCCGUCCUGGACAACAUACUGGACAAAAACUACAUCAAGUCUGGAUCAACUUAUAAAGUGAAGGUAGGAGAUAAGGAGGUGGAUGUGAUGAAGGGCUUCACGCUCUACAUCACCACCAAGCUGGCCAACCCGGCCUACAGCCCCGAGGUCAGCGCCAGGACGGCCGUGGUCGACUUCACCGUAACCCAACGAGGCCUGGAGGACCAGCUGCUGGGACGGGUCAUACUGCUGGAGAAACAGGAGCUGGAGGCGGAGCGAGUAAAGCUCUUAGAGGAGGUGACGUCCAACAAGAGGAAGAUGCAGGAGCUGGAGGACAGUCUGCUGUUCCGGCUGACCAGCACCCAGGGGUCCUUAGUGGAGGACCAGUCUCUGAUCGAGGUUCUGAGGGUCACCAAGACCACCGCUCAGGAGGUGAGCGAGAAGCUGUCGGUCGCGGCGGAGACGGAGGUGAAGAUCAACCAGGCCAGGGAGGAGUACCGGCCGGUGGCCACCAGGGGGAGCAUCCUCUACUUCCUCAUCGUGGAGAUGUCGCUGGUCAACAUCAUGUACCAGACGUCUCUGCGCCAGUUCCUGGGCCUCUUCGACUCGUCCAUGCAGAACUCCGCCAAGUCGCAGCUCACCUCCAAACGCAUCAGCAACAUCAUCAACUUCCUCACCUACCAGGUGUUCUGCUACACAGCCAGGAGUCUGUAUGAGGAACACAAGCUGCUGUUCACGCUGCUGUUGGCUCUGAAGAUCGACCUGCAGGCCAGAAACAUCUCGCACCCCGAGGUGCUCACCUUCGUCAAAGGUGGAGCCUCUCUGGAUCUGAACUCUGUAGAAUCCAAACCACGGCGCUGGAUCCUGGAUCAGACCUGGCUCAACCUGGUGCAGCUGUGCGGCCUGCCGCCGUUCAGCCAGAUCCUGACCCAGGUGAGUCAGAACGAGCGUGCCUGGAGGACGUGGUUCGACCAUCCGACGCCAGAGGAUGCCACGCUGCCUGAUGGGUACGAGGAAAAGCUCGACACCUUCCGGAAGCUUCUGCUCAUCCGGAGCUGGUGCCCCGACCGAACCACCGCUCAGGCGCGGCGCUACAUCUCGGACUCUCUGGGUCAGCAGUAUGCUGAAGGUUUGGUUCUGGACCUGGACGCCAUGUUGGCCGAGAGUGACAACAGGACGCCGAUGGUCUGUCUGCUGUCGAUGGGCUCUGAUCCGACUGAAAACAUCGAGAGACUGGCCAAGAGCAAGGGGGCGCCGUGCCGUCCCAUCUCCAUGGGGCAGGGCCAGGAGGUUCACGCUCGCAGGCUUUUGGCCAACAGCAUGACGGACGGCGGCUGGCUCCUCCUCCAGAACUGCCACCUGGGACUGGACUUCCUGGAUGAGCUGCUGGAGACGGUCACCGCGGCGACGCCAGAGAGCGUGCACAAAGGUUUCCGGGUGUGGCUGACGACCGACGUGCAUCCCAGGUUCCCCAUCACCUUCCUUCAGUCCGCCAUCAAGUUCACCAACGAACCUCCGCUUGGGAUGAAAGCUGGUCUGAAGAGGACUUUCAGUGGUGUCACUCAGGACCAGCUGGAGAUCAGCAACCUGCCUCAAUGGAAACCUCUGCUGUACGCCGUGGCCUUCCUGCACACCACCGUACAGGAGCGUCGUAAGUUCGGUCCUCUCGGCUGGAACAUCCCCUACGAGUUCAACCAGGCAGAUUUUACUUCCAGCAUGCAGUUUGUGCAGAACCACCUGGACGACCUGGACUCAAAGAGAGGGGUCAACUGGAGCUGCCUGCGCUACAUGCUGGGUGAGGUCCAGUAUGGCGGCCGCGUGACGGACGACCUGGACAAAUGUCUCCUCAACACCUUCACUCGCGUCUGGUUCAGCGAGAACACCUUCAGCGACAAGUUCUGCUUCUAUAAGGGCUACAGCGUCCCCAGCAGGGCGAGGACGGUCCAGGACGUCCUGCAGCACGUCGAGGCCCUGCCGCUGGUGGACUCACCUGAGGUAUUUGGGCUCCACCCCAACGCUGACAUCACCUACCAGACCAACCUGGCCAACGAGACGCUCAGCACCAUCAUCAACAUCCAACCGAAGGACAGCGGGGGCGGGGCCGGGGAGACCAGGGAGGCCAGCGUCCAGAGACUCGCCAGAGAGAUGCUGGAGAAGCUCCCGCCUGACUAUGUGGCGCACGAGGUCAAAGGUCAACUGCAGAAGAUGGGUCCGCUUCAGCCAAUGAACAUCUUCCUGCGACAGGAAGUGGACCGCAUGCAGCGAGUCAUCAGCAGCGUACGGAGCACGCUCACCGACCUCAACCUGGCCAUCGACGGCACCAUCAUCAUGUCGGAGGACCUGCGUGACGCUCUCGACUGCAUGUUCGACGCUCGCAUCCCUCGCCUGUGGCUGCGGCUCAGCUGGCCGUCGGCGACGCUGGGCUUCUGGUUCAGCGAGCUGCUGGAGAGGAACCAGCAGCUCAGCAGCUGGAUCGGCAACGGCCGACCCAACCAGUUCUGGCUCACCGGCUUCUUCAACCCACAGGGGUUUCUGACCGCCAUGCGCCAGGAGACGACACGCUCCAACCUGUCCAGGGGCUGGGCCUUGGAUACCGUCACCCUUAGCAACGACGUCACCAAGAUGAUGAGGGAGGAUGUGUCGGCUCCGCCCCCAGAGGAUGUGGGCGGGGUCUACAUCUACGGCCUCUUCCUGGACGGGGCGGGUUGGGACCGACGCAGCACCAGACUCUCUGAGGCCCCGCCCAAGGUCCUCUUCAGUCCCCUCCCCGUGGUCCACGUCUACGCCGUCAGCUCAGCCAACAUGGCCGACAGUAAGCGGCAGCCCGGCGGCGGCGGGGCGGUCAGCCUGUACUUGUGUCCGGUCUAUAAGAAACCGCGUCGGACCGACCUGAACUUCAUCUUCUCUCUGCAGCUGAGGAGCGUUCAGCCGGCGGAGCACUGGACGCUGAGAGGCGCCGCGCUGCUCUGCGACUGCAAGUGAUCCUCCGACUCUCAACCUUAUUAUGACCACGACUGUGGAGGAUCAAAUAGCAACGUUUCAUUUUCACUUCAUGCUCUUCAAUAAGUUUUAGUCCCUCAAAUAGCAAAUAAAUCACUAACAACUGUUAAAUGUUUCAAUAUAAUUCGUAUUUCUGCUAUUUAUUAUUUUGUUUUCUAAAUGGUUUAUAAUCAGAAAAACACUCAGGUGACUUGUGUGAUAUUAGAAGGAAUUUGGCGUUAAUAACUCUACCUAACCUCCACUAAACUUUCCUUUGCUGCUUUACUUUCUCUUUAAUUCCUAAAAUCCAGACAGAUGUUCUCUUGUCUUUGACGGUGAUGAUUUGUUGAUUUGGUGAAUUUUCUAAUAAAUGAAUGAAUCAAA